AUGAUGAGUGUCGAGAGCACAGAGGGUGUGAUUUGUAUUUGUUUAGGUAAGACUCCCCUUCAUCUGGCGGCAGAGGAGAGUGAUGUGGACAAAAUGGAAGAACUGUUGUCUAUGGGUGGCUUUGAUGUUAACGCUCAAGAUUUCCGAGGGCAAACACCCUUGCAUUGCUUGUUUGACAAGAACGAGAUUGAUGACAUGAACAAUCUGGUGAGUGCGAUGUCUAUUCUUCUGAGGAAUGGUGCUGAUCUAAAUAUUAAAGACAAGUUCCAAAAUACACCCAUGUAUGAGGUUUUCUACAAUUAUUACGCAUUUAUACCAAUGAUAAUACGGUUCUUACUGAAAAACUCCAACGGAAACUUUGAGAUAGAGUCCUGUAACCAUAUGGGGCAUAACUUAUUACACUUAAUAAUGCCUGGGUUUAAUGAAAGAUUUAGAGAGAGGGGCGAUUUCCAACAGAUAGUAAAUGAUAGAGAAUCCUUCAUCAACGAUUUUUUGGACGGAAAAAUAAUUCAAUAUUGUUCUGCCAAACGUCUAAUUAACACAAAAGACAACAACGGAUGCUCCGCGUUUCAGCUUUAUAUCAAUCAGUUUGAUUUUACAGAAAAAACAACUCAUAAAAUUAUUGAGAUGGGAGCAGAUGUCAACACACAAAAUUCCAUUGGUGUGACGCCUUUGAUGGAUGCUGUGUCAAAUGAAGAUGCUUCAUUAGCCGAGAUAUUGCUGCAGGCAGGUGCAGAUGUCAAUAUCAGAAACAUAUUUGGUCAAACCGCACUUUUUAAAGUGUUAACCUGUGACUGCUUCGACUUACUGAAACGACACGGGGCAGAUUUUACGGUCCUCGACAUUAUUGGCCGUCCACCAAUCACUGAUGUGAACCUCUUUUCACCCGAGGACUCCCCACGAAGUGGAGUGGUAAUCAAAGAGUUUUCAUCGCAACGUCAGCCAGUGUACGAACUAUUUUUAGAAAAUGGAGUCAGUGUUCAUGCAAAAGACAAGUUCGGUUCCUCUCUUCUUCACUAUGCUGCGUGGUAUGGUGCUCAAGGAAUGGCCGAGGCUCUUAUUAAACAUGGCGUCCCUCGAAACGUCACAGACAACAUCGGCAUUACUCCAGCUGAACUAGCUUGGAGUGUUGGGAAUUAUGAACUGUGUAACUUUCUAUCUGAUCAACCAAAUAAAGCUGAGUUUAAAAACCCAGUUAAAAGACACUAUAAUAAUUUACUGGUAUUUCACGAAGACGUUAAAAACAUUAGCAAAAUCUUUGAUGAAAUUGUGGACUUUCGAGAGAACCCUGCAGAACUUCUAAAUAAUCUUAUUAGUUCUCCAAGAGUGGGUAUUGCGUUCAGAGAAUUUGAGGCCCAUGAAGUAAAACAAGAAGUUUUAAAGUUGAUGAACAAAAUUGCCAGGUUGAUUGGCACAACUGAUCCUGCUUUUAGAUGUACGGUUUAUCCAACAGGCAGUUCGGAAGAUGGAAGCAAAAUUAAAAAGGCAGACGAAUUCGAUUUUGUAUUUUGUCUUGAAUACUUUUCAAAUGAAUGUAUACCUUACCAAGAAGAAAAUAUGAUGAACACUGGUUUUGCAAAAUUAAAAUUGAAGUCAUUCUUCGAAUACCAUCCAUUGACUAUGUAUCUAGCAGAUGGACUUGGCAUUGAGUCAUACUUUGUGCGAGACACUUUUCAAGAUCUCUUCACAAACGCUGUUAAUAACCCUGAUACAUGGAAAGAAAACAUCUUUUACUUCAACGGUCAGUUAAAAUUUCCGAUAGACAAACCCGUUCUAAAAAUGGAGAUCCAUUGGUGUGGACAAAAAAUGAAAAGCAUUGAUAUUAGCAUUGAUGUGGUGCCUGCAGUUCGCUUCAGCAGAUGGUUGCCAAAGGAAAUGGAAAAUAGACGUCAGGGCCUCGCCAUUCAGAGAGAAUCAAUCCAAGAUGGAUGCUUCCUCUUGUUUCAGCCGCCAGAAGAAUGAUUUAAACAAAAACGAAAAUACUUAAGAAUAUCACAAUUUUCCAGCGAGCUGCAAUAUCUGAAAAGUCUUCCUGAGGUAUAUUUGGAAAGUUAUGCAGCGGCAAAGAUACUAAUUAGCGACCGAUUCUGUCCAAAGUUAUUAUUAACUGAAGAGAUUAACAUCGACGAAAUAUUUGAUUAUUUAUCUGACGAAGCAAGCAAUUCAAACAAAGACAAAACUGGGGAAUGCAAUUUGACUAACAAUUUAGAAGUGAUUGAAGAAGAUCAUUUGGAGAAUCAAGAAGUUGAAUCAGAAAUGUCAGAAGGCUCACAGAACGCUGGCUCCCAAGAUGACGAAUCGUGUUCGUGCGCUGGCUCCCAAGAUGACGAAUCAUGUUCGUGCGCUGGCUCCCAAGAUGACGAAUCGUGUUUGUGCGCUGGCUCCCAAGAUAACGAAUCGUGUUCUGGUCUCAUUGAGGGAACUAUAUUGUUCAAAAAUUGCAGCGCUUGUGAUCUAUCACGUUGUGUUCUUGAAGUCGAUGAAACGUUGCGAUGUAAGAGAUUAUUAACUCCUAAAAACAGCCAGCAACGAAAAACUUCGUCAUUUUGCAAAGAAAAGGGUGAACUGCUUGCCAGAAAAUGCAGCAUCAUCCGCUCUAUCCAAAUUGGUACCAGUCGAUGGAUAGAGAUUGGUCCUUCCUCAUAUGUGCCUGAAGACGAAACUUUAGACAGCAUAAAAACAAUAAAUAGCCAAGAAAACCUGAACCUGGCUGUCACCAAGUGGCUGGAGCGUACUUUAUUACUAUCAAUCAAAAAAACUUUAGAUAAUAAUUCCAACUUGGAGGGCAAUGAUCAGGAUGGAGAUUGCAGAGUUAGUGAUGAUAUGGAUAGAGCUAGUUUUUCUGAACAAUCAGAGAUAUCUAACAUGGAUACUGACAACUGCUUUGAAAUAGACAAUAUGAGUACGUCGUCGAGCGCUUUUCAGGAAGUCACUGCAAGUGAUGAGGACGUGUCUUGGGAAGGGGGUGAAAUUAUCGACGGUCACGAUACUAUCACCAGUUAUAUGCUGAAGAACUGCCUAUUCUAUGUUGCAAACGACUUGAAAGACGCUGACAAAAAUAUCAGUCAUUUAGAUAUUACCAUUAAACUUUUUGAAAAACUGCAGAGCUGUGCUAAAGCAAAGAGACUUGAAUCCUUCUUCCUUCCGUACUUGAAUGUUUUCACAUUUACAAACGAGCAUAUCAAAAUGAUACCCGAAGACGAGGUUAUAGAAAGCACCAAGAUACAAUGUCACCGAAUACAAUUGUUCUGUGAGGUAAUUCUGGGAAUAUUGAGACAAAAUAUGCAAAACACUAUCGAUUAAAUCAUAACCAUUCACUUGUGUAAAUAUGACAUAGAUACAUUAAAUAAAAUAUAAAUUUUUAGGUA